UAAAAAAAGCUCGGAAUCUCUUCUUCGCAGUGAAUUGAUUUCUGAGACGGAAAUGGCUUCGUCAACAUCCAAAACCCUAAUGGAUUUUUUUCAACCCGCCAAACGCCUCAAAGCUUCCUCGUCUUCUUCCUCUUUUCCCGCCGUUUCCGCCGCCGGUGGGUCACGCGAUCUGGGUUCGGCAGCUAAAUCGCCGCCUCGCAUUACAGUUAACAAUUCCGUCGCCGACGAUUCGUCUGGCCUCACACCCGAACAAAUCUCUCGCUCCGAGUUCAAUAAAUUCGUUGCCAAAUCCAAGCGCAACCUCGCCGUCUGCACCGAGAAGGUCACAAAAGCGAAAGCUAAAGGAAGCUGCUACGUGCCGUUGAGUGAGCUCUUAGUGGAAGAAUCAUGGGUUAAGGCUAUUCCUGGAGAAUUGCAUAAACCCUACGCUCAAAACCUUUCUGAUUUCCUUGAACGUGAGAUCAUCGCUGACUGUAAAGGCCCUCCCAUUUAUCCGCCUCAGCACUUGGUUUUCAAUGCCCUCAACACAACUCCUUUUGAUCGUGUCAAGGCUGUCAUUAUCGGACAGGAUCCUUACCAUGGACCCGGUCAAGCUAUGGGUUUGUCCUUCUCUGUGCCUGAAGGAGAGAAGCUUCCUUCUAGCCUUUUGAACAUAUUUAAGGAGCUUCAGAAAGAUGUUGGCUGUUCAAUCCCACGUCAUGGUAAUCUACAGAAAUGGGCUGUGCAGGGUGUUUUGCUGCUAAAUGCUGUUCUUACAGUAAGGAGCAAACAGCCGAAUUCACAUGCAAAGAAAGGGUGGGAACAAUUCACUGAUGCUGUUAUUCAAAGUAUCUCACAGCAGAAGGAAGGUGUGGUCUUUCUCCUCUGGGGAAGAUACGCUCAAGAGAAAUCCAAGUUGAUCGAUGGGAAUAAACAUCAUAUACUCACAGCAGCUCAUCCAUCUGGUUUAUCGGCGCACAGAGGCUUCUUUAACUGCAGGCAUUUCUCUCGAGUAAACCAGCUACUCGGGCAAAUGGGGAUUCCACCCAUAGACUGGCAACUUUAACCUCUUAACCGUAAUGUUAAAGCCAAGACGAACUAUGAGUGCUCUUGGGAAGCCUACCAUUUUCCAUCAAUCCCUUUUGGUGAACAGAGCUUGAAGAUUUAACAGUUAUAUAAUGCUCCUCUUUUGUGAAUUACUAUGUUAUCACAAAAUGUUAGACGACUAGCAUAGGUUGUGUCUUCAUUUUGUAGUCUUUGAAGAAUGUUGUGUAUUAUAUAUUAGUGCUGCUUAGUUAUAGAACUUCCAUGUUGCAACAAAGUAUGAAGAAGUUAAAAGUAUGGAUGGUUGAAU